UGACUGACUGGCCACCAUCGCUCUUUCUUUUCUUUUCUUUUCUUUUCCUUUCUUUUCUUUCUCUCUCUUCUGCAACUAUUUCAUCAUCUCACAAGCUUCCAAACAAAGAGAAUUAAUGGAAAGUUGCAAGUUUUAUUCUCCUUGUUGUCUUUGGAUAUGUUUACGAUGAAACAUCAAAUAAAAACCCUUAUCUGGUUAAUGGGUAUCUCUCUCUCUAUUGAUUCCGUAAUUUUAGCACAUACUUAUGGCAACAUCAACUAUAGAUCCCUCUUCCCAAUAUAGUCGUUCUAACACUUAUAAUCAGUUUGGAAACCUUCUUCAUAUCCAUGGCUUACUUUGAGAUCAAGAACAAGAAUCAUCAUCAUCCAUAUAGGCGGUUUGGGUUUCCAGCUUCUCCUUGGAUAUGACCAUGGUUCCUGCUCAAAGUCUUUCUAAACAGCAACAGCAUCAACUUUGUGAUGGUCGUUAUUUUGGUGAGGAUGUCCAUACUUUUAAAGAGGGCUUUGGUCUUAUGAGCCGAUUAGAAGGUUAUGAGUACUCUUGUGUUAGCGAAGCUUUCUUAUUAGGAUCUGAUCUAGUGGUGGCUAAUAUUCCCAUGGCUGAAGAUGAAUCAAGAACUAACAGUCUUAAUAAUGAAGCUGGCUCAAGCUCAAAAGAUGUUCAAGAAGAGAGACAUGAAGGGUGGCUCCAAUUGAGUAUAGGUGGUCACACAACAACAGCAACACCAACAAGCCGUGAGGGCAAGCACGAUCAUCAUCAACAACAACAACAACAGCUAGUACUUGAUUCUACAAGUAGAAGAGGAGGGUUGAUAGAGCUUGAUCUACUACCAGGUAGCAGUAGUAGAAUUUCACAUCAAGCAAGGCCAUUGAGUAGUCCUGUUUUUCACGUUCCUGAUUUUAGAGCUCCUCCAAGGCCAGUCCCAAGUCAUGCCACUAAUUUUAGCAAUACAUCUUUAUUCUUUCAACACCAUCCAGCAGCAACUAGCUCAACCUAUCCUCUUCAUCAAGAGAUAAACUGGCCAUUUAGGCCUAUGUUGCCUAAUAUAGCUACACCAUCCUCUUCUUCGUCUUUGAUGCCAUUGGGGUCCUAUUUUUCGCGUCCGUUCCAAGUAAAUAGUACUGGCAUGGAUUUUGCAGGACCGAGCUCCGACUUUAAAGUAAUCGAUCCUCCAAGAAGAUCCCAUCCUGGCAUUUGGUUUAUGCUACAAGCGUCUCAAAAUCAAACGAAAGAACCCUUCUUGCCGCAAAUAUCCAAGAGCUACCUGAGAAUCAAGGAUGGAAGGAUGACAGUUCGGUUAUUAAUGAAGUAUCUGGUUAACAAGCUGAGACUGGAUAGCGAAUCAGAGAUAGAGAUGACCUGUAGAGGGCAACAGCUUCUUCCUUUCUUGACACUGCAGCAUGUUAGGGAUAACAUCUGGAGCCCCAGAGAUGCACUCACUUUGCUUCCAGAAUCCCCAACCACGGAUCAUGUCAUGGUGCUGCACUAUGGUAGAACUGCUUAAAGGAGCCCCCCGAAAUUUCUCACUAGUUAAUCCUCUCUCACUUGUAUCGUUGUUUAAGUUAUCCGAACACUCUUUUUUCUCCUCUUUUUUUUUUUUUUCCUUUUCCAGCUAAUGGGUUCUGCUAUUUAUUUAAUUCACUUCUCUAAUUGGAGAAAAUAGUUUGGAAUACCCCGAAAUGAUGUUUUCAAUUUUGGGGUAAAUAACAUAACCGAAAAUGUAUUUCCCAGCUAUGCGGGCUUGAUGGAUAUUUAAUUAAAAUUGUUUUGUUAAAGAGCA